AGGAGAAAGCUUCCUUCUCUCUCCUUCUCAGCUGGAACAAACUAGUUUUGAUUUCUUUACCACCAUUGGUUCGGUUUCUCGAUUGUUGGGCAUUUGGAGAAUUGUCGUGAGGGGCUGAGCAAUUAUUUGUUGGUGGGAUAAAUUAAUAGCCAAGCUGAAGAUAAUAUGAGUUUCGAGGAUUCCAUGGCGGUUUCUGCGGAGGCAUUUGAGAAAACCAGCUCUAUUGAGAGAUCUGUUGCAAGCAACGGAAUGGAGUCGAAGGAAGGCGGAAAUCAGAUGAAAGUAUCCAAAGAAGUCAAGUGUGAGCUGGUGGAUUUUGAUUCUCUGCCGGAUUAUCUGAAGGACAAUGAAUUCAUCUUGCGUUGCUAUCGAUGCGAAUGGCCUCUGAAGGAGACCAUCCUCAGCAUCUUCUCCAUUCACAACGAGACUCUAAAUGUUUGGACGCAUUUGAUUGGAUUCCUUUUCUUUCUUUUUCUGACUGUAUUCACUGCAAUGAUGAUACCAAGAGAUGCGACGGUCCCGUCCAUGCAACAAUCGGGUCAACUGACGGAAACCAACUCUUCGAUCGUGCAGUCUGGCGUCAUUGAUCGCCUUUCUUCUCCACUUCGAGCAGGUGAAUUAGAGACUACUAUGCCAGCUUUAGGAAGUUGGCAUGUUCCUGAGCUUCUUGUCAACUGUCUGCCCAAGAGAUUCUCCCAUGCUGGCAACCACACCGAUCCAUGUGUUCUGGCAAGCGUGAAGAACGACGUAACCAGCAUUAUAUCGCCACUUCUCAUGCAGCCAGUCACUCGCUGGCCCUUCUUUGCCUUCUUAUGUGGAGCCAUGUUCUGCCUUCUUACCAGCAGUAUGUGCCACCUUAUCUUAUGCCACUCUGAACGAAUGGCCUAUAUUAUGCUGCGGCUCGACUAUAUCGGCAUUACGGCCCUCAUUGUCACCUCCUUCUACCCUCUGGUCUUCUACUCUUUCGUGUGUCAACCCUUCUACUGCCACCUUUACAUGGGCUUCAUCACCACCUUUGGGGUGGCCACCAUCUCAGUCUCCCUGGUGCCUGAGUUCCAGGCUGCUGAUUUCCGGCCGGUGAGAGCUGGGCUCUUCUUCUGCAUGGGAGUAUCAGGUCUAGUGCCUAUAAUGCACAAAUCGAUUGCAUUCCAUCACCGGCCCGAGGCGAUCCUCUCGGCGGGCUACGAGCUGCUAAUGGGUACAUUUUAUGGCCUUGGUGUUGUGAUCUAUGCUACGAGAAUACCGGAGCGGUGGAUGCCGGGAAGGUUCGACAUCGUCGGUCAUAGUCAUCAGCUAUUCCAUGUGUUUGUGAUUGCAGGAGCUUACACCCACUAUCUUGCAGGCCUCGUAUACCUCAAGUGGAGAGAUAUUGAAGGUUGUUAAUGGGAUUAUAUAUAGACGAGCUUUUGAGACGCCAUUCUUUUGUAAACUAAAAUCCUUAAGAAAUAAGUAAUAUUCAAGUCGACUUGGAAGUCAGGUCUCUUGAGUUAUGUAAGAUCAGCGAGAGUGGUAUUGCCAUUUGAUGAUUUAAAAUCCAUGUUUUCUCCCCGGAAUUUUAGAUUGUGAUGUAAUGGACUGGAUUUUCACACUAUGCUAUCAAAUUUCAUAACAUUGUGGUGUCA